ACGUGCUCGUUAAAAUUUAAUGUGUAGGGGAGGCUGUUUUUGUGCCAGUUUUGUGCAUGGAUUUUGAUGAGCCGUGAAAUGGCUGAUAACAUCUAUUUGUACGUUCCAAAUGUUAUUGGCUAUGUGAGGCUACUCCUGAUAGUCCUGGCCUGGUUUUAUCUGAGCUAUCCACUCCGGUUUAUCGGCUUCUACUUGACAUCAGUCAUUCUAGAUGAUUUGGAUGGAGCUGUUGCAAGAAGAUUGCACCAGACAUCAACAUUUGGAGCUUGGCUCGAUGUUGUCAUUGAUAAUAUUGGACGAGGGAUGAUUUGGAGUCAAGUUUUUCAGUGGGGGUGUUUUGUUUCGGCAUUGGAGUGGUGUGUUCUAGUUUGUACACAUACUGCGGGAGCACAGUGGAAGUCAAGUUACAGUGAAGUACCAUGGCUUGUUAGAAAAGUUAUGGCAAAUGGUUUUCGAACCCCAAUCGGGCUGUACACAGUAUGGUGCCUUCAUCUAUUACCACUUUGGUUAUACGCACACAAGACUGGUGUCCUGACUGCACACAUUCCAAGAAGUGUUGUGUAUUUUGUGAUAGGCAUCCUCGUUUUUGGAAGAGCUGUUUGUGCUACAGUAGAGGUGUAUUGCAUCUGGGCACACAUCCAGCAACUAAUCAACACUGACAUGGGCGGGAAAAAUGUUCCCAAAGGAGAAAAAGACCAGCACCCAGAGCUGCUGAAGAAUCUUGGCAAGUAGUAAAUGUAGGAUAUGAAACUUUGCAUGAUGGAAGGAUUUGAAACUUUGCAUGAAAGACUAGAGAGGUUUGCGGUAACAUCAUGUGAAAAUCUCUUUUGAAUAGUGUUGUUCUGAAUAAAGGACCUGUAGUUAACAACUCAAAUUGUUUUGAUCAGUAUGGUCUGAUCAUCUUCAGGAGAAUGCUGGACUCUUUUGCUGUAGUAAAUGUAUUUCACCACAUGCAUGUGAGGGACAGGAAGAUCUGGGGGUAGACUGGUCCCCAGUCCUUAUCUGCAAGGAUAAGGACUGGUUUUAGUUUAUGUAUAGUGGACAUGUAUGCCAAAUUUAACUGAGAAUCUCCAGAACCAAGAUGACCCAUGUGAAAUGAUGCGAGGUCACGUGGGCUCAACCGCAGAUCUCUGGCCUAAUUCACGAGCCUUAAAGUGUGACGUCAGAUAUGCAGGCUAGAUCUGGGGAUACUUCUCUUAUUUUUUCUAUGGUCACAUCAAUGACCGAUGACACCACUUGGUAUAGAAGAAGACGUAGGGCGCCCUCUAGCACUCAUGUGUAUACAGUAGGCACACAGCAUCUUGAAUAAUGGAUGAUAGGAGUUAAGCCUUGCUAUUUGUUUUGCCGCAAACCGACUGAAUUAUUUAGUGCAGACAUAAAACUGCAUUGUUAUGACUCCUGGUUGCUGAGUUGGCCUUCAGAUGCAUUAUUUUGUUGAAGAGGAUAAGUAUAGUCAUGGCAAGAGCAACUCCUAAUGAUACCAAUGGAUGUAGAGACCGAAAACAGAUUAUGCACUCACUCUGUGCAAUUAUUUAUAGACUGUACAAAAGAGUGUUACACACUGCACUAGGAUCUUGAUUUCGAAUGAGAUCUUUUGAAGAGGCAGUAUUCUUUAUUUUGGGAUGAUGGUUUUAUGGGUUGGGUGAGAAUGGAUGUUAUGGUGUAGUCCAACUCAUUAGACGAUGACCGAUGGUGUUAUGAUCUGGGCCCAAUUUCGUAGAGCUGCUUAAAAGCAGAAAACAUUUUUUAAAUGUGAAGUGUUAUUUUGUCAAGUAAUCUAUUUCUGCUUACCAACAUUUGUCUGUGCUCAGCUACUUGUUGUGCUUAAGCAGCU